AUGUUGCUUCAACGAGCAUGGCUGGUUCUGCUCGGCCUGGCGACUCUUUUUGCCCUACGAAGUAUCUAUCGCCUCUUCUUUCAUCCUCUGCGCAAGAUCCCUGGUCCGAAGUUAGCGGCAAUCACCCAUGUAUACGAGUUCUAUUACAACUGCGUCCGUGAUGGAAGAUAUAUCUUUCAAAUUGAAAAGAUGCACCAAAAAUAUGGUCCAAUCGUCCGCAUCACACCAAACGAAGUACACAUCAUCGACCCGUUCUUCUACGACGAGAUCUACGCAGCUAGCAGUCGUCGCCGGGAUAAGAGCGUCAGAGUGGCGCAGGCAUCAGGUGUCCUCGGUUCGAUGGUAGCCACCGUCCCACACGACCAUCACCGCAUCCGACGCGGUAUCUUGAGCGAAUUCUUCUCCAGACGAUCUAUUCUGACCAUGACUCCGAUAAUUGACAAGUACCUGCAAAAGCUGGGUGACCGGCUCGGUCAGUUUCAUAAUGGUAAGACGGUUAUUCGUCUGGAUAAUGCGCUGAAUGCCUUUACGUCCGAUAUUAUUACGGAAUAUUGCUAUGGGAAUAGUUGGGGGUUCCUUGAUGAUGAGAAUUUCCGGAGUGAUACUCGUUCUGCACUUCUUGAAGUUGCGAAUACGAUUCAUCUUGGUUCUUUUUUUCCUUGGCUUAUUGUUUUGAUUCGGAAGAUUCCGAUUCAUUUACUGCGACGUCUGCAACCUGGGAAAGCGACGAUCUUCGAGGCUAUGGAGGCUAUUUUCAACCAGGCUGCUUCGUCGAUGAAUAAGGGGAAACAAUAUGGAAUCAAGACAGAGACUAGCGAGAAAAGGAUUCAGCAGAAUAUGUUCGACAAGCUGAUUUCUCCGGAUGUCCCAGCCGAAGAACGCACUCUCGAGCGUCUCCAGGACGAGGGUCUUCUUGUUCUCGGUGCGGGGACUGAGACCGUGGCGCAUACUCUGACAACCUCGGUCUUUUAUUUGUCCUUGAAUACGGAUGUACUGUACCGAUUGCGCGAGGAAUUGAAGCAAAAGCUGCCGACUCCGACUAGCACUGUCAGCCUUUUGGAGUUGGAGAGACUCCCUUACCUUACGGCAGUUGUAUAUGAAAGCCUCCGCUUAGCAUACGGUCCGCUGAUUCGAAUGCCUCGGAUUGCACCGACUGAAAGUUUGAGAUAUGGCGAAUACGUGAUUCCUCCAGGGACUCCCAUGAGCUCAAUCACUUAUUUUAUCCACCGUGACCCAACCCUCUUUCCCAACCCGGACAAAUUUGAUCCCAAACGAUGGCUCCAGGGUGCUCAGAGCGAGGAUCUGAAGAGGUAUAUUGUCAAUUUCACCAAAGGUAGCCGAGCUUGUCUGGGAAUUACUCUGGCAUAUGCGGAAAUCUACAAGGCCAUUGCCGGUCUUGCGCGCCGCUUUGAUUUCGACUUGCAUGGUACUACAAUUGAAGAUAUCAAGCCCCUUGGCGAGCGGGUAUUUGUUAUUACGAGGCGGGGCCAGACUCAGGUGUAUGUGACUGUGACCGAUUUGGACAAGGCGUGA